GAUCACAGCAGGACUCCUCAUAUCAAGGACCUAAUGAACAGGAGACGAACAACUCUGAUUUAACCCUGAGACAGAGAGAAAGACCUCCUCUUACCUCGAUGCUGCAUGAAGGUGGAGUCAUUUGGGGGUAGCGAGAGAAAGAGAGAGAGGGAGAGAGAGAGAGAGAUGAGGAGAGUGAGAAAGGAGCAGAGCAACAGAAGAAGACAGAUGGAUUAUCUGACAUGCGCCUGGAUUGACCAGCGUUUUUCUUUAAGUCUUGAUUCCUGUUUUUCCUCCUCAGAGGGAAAUCUGAAAAUGCUUUCCUGCACAUGUGGAGUGUAGCAGCUAUCGGACAGGUAGAUUGUGUGAUACACCUUUUUUAAUUUCCACUGGAACUGAGGAAUUUUACACAUGGCAAACUUUCUACCUGGAUAUCAGUGAACUUCAUAUUUUUUCUCUUCUUUUCUUUUGUUCUUAAAUUGAGCAACUGCCUGGAAAUACACACUGGAGCAGCCAAGAACAAUAGUCAAAAUUUCACAAACAAUUUAGAAUGAAUUAGAAAACACAAGAUAAGUGGAAAAACAGGUUUUGUUACUGGAAUACUAGUUACUAGAAAAUAGUAAUUGGUGUGUAGUUUUUUAUUUUUUUAUUUACGUAAUCUUUGUUCAUUUAGACCGAUUUAUUUUUCCAAAACAGACUUUCUGAUCAUCAGCCUAAAACAGUGGAGAAGAGAAAUCAGUGGAAUAUCAGCUGGAGACACAGUGACUUGUUGAACAGUCAUUACACUGUCAAACAUUAUUCAGAGGGACAUCUAAGAAUUUCAUCCAGGUGCUAAAUAAUUUGGAUUCUGCAGGAGAACCAUCUCGCCUAGUCUGGACUGUGGAGGGCUCCCCUCCCUGCCCUCCCAGCCUAUCCUCGCCCCCAGCAGCAUGUCCCAGGCUCUGAGGCUGCCUCUAGUCCUCCACACAGCACACUACCAUGAUCAGAUGGGCUGCUGGAGGGAGUAAGGCUGCCUCUGCCUCGUACUGCUCCAGGGCUGGGUUCGGGGCUCUUUUUGGAAGUGCAACCAGCUCCAGACUAAGGCCAUCAUCAACACUGCUUUCCUCCCUGUCUUUGCCUCUCCUGCUUGCCCUGGUGUUUUUUUCCUUCUCCCUACCCGAGGCGGCCUGCCAUCAGCUCCGCAUAGACAGACUGAGGCUCGCCAACCCACGGACUCUCAGGGUUCCACUGAACAUUUCUGAGACUGAGGUCGUCUCAAGGACCAGGGCCACUGGGGUCCCCCUGGGUCGGACUGGGGGGCCGCAGGGUAGGCAUGUGCGCAGCUACAAUCAUCUCCAAGGGGACAUGCGGAGGAGGAAGCUCUUCUCCUUCCAGAAGUUUUUCCUGAGGAUCGAUAAGAACGGAAAGGUCAAUGGAACCAAGAGCAAGGAUGACCCCCUCAGUAUUCUGGAAAUCACAUCGGUGGACGUGGGAGUGGUGGCCAUCAAAGGGCUAAACAGCAACUACUAUCUGGCUAUCAGCAGGAAGGGAGAGCUGUACGGAGCGAGAGAGUUUGGUGUCGACUGCACCCUGAAGGAGCGGAUUGAGGAGAAUGGCUACAACACGUAUGCAUCAGCUGAGUGGAGGAACAAGAAGAGGCAGAUGUUUGUGGGUCUGAAUGUCCACGGGAAGCCACUGAGAGGGAAGAAAACCCGCAGGAAGAACACGGCCACCCACUUCCUUCCAAUUAUGGUGUGAACUGGAGGACUUAACUGGAGAAGGAGGAUAUGCAGCACUGGACAGAGAGGUUCCCAAUACUGAAAAAGCUGUAAAAUAAAGACAUUUACUGAGAAAUCUCUCAUUUGGAAAUAAGGCACUAACACUGUUACAGUUUUAUUUAGUGGGAGAAGAUGAUAUAUGUGUAUUCUGUGGCACGGGAUGCAAUAUGUAUCCUUUUUUUCUGUGCCAAACAGUUUGCAACUGGAGGAUUUGUGUAAUGUGGACAACACAGAAGAUACUGUCCCAGCUAAUGUACUGCGGUAGAUGCAGACAAUGUUAUUUAUAAUGCAUAUUCUCCUCUGAGACACCAGAUAAUCUGCAACAUAAAGGUGAGCGAUAGAAAUGGAUAAGGUGAGGGCAAUUAUCAGUCAGUUUAUCACAACAGCAUUAAAUAAUAGAGGAUACAACACAUUUAAAGCAAAUGUUUGAUACUUAACCACUGUGUUUUGACUGUAUUGUAAUGAUUUAUUUAUUUUGUGAAAUAUUUAACUGGAGGGGAACACUUACAAGGCAAGCAUUCCUUUGCAUUCUUUACUUUUUAUAGGAACUCUAUUAUGUGAAAAUAAAAUACCACUUUCUCCUCUGCAAUGCUGUCGUCUUACUCUAUCAAUUUACAAAAACUGACUUUACUGAUGAGGAACUGCAAGUAGUGAGAAACCCUGGUGAACGUUCAGGUCAUGCUAAGUCUAUUCUUAUCUGGCCCUCUGUGGUAGGAAGGGACAAAAGGCAACCAUUAAUGCCUAGCCAGAUAUUCCAUGUGGCAACCAUUGCACUAAUGAUUAGUUCCCAAACAAACGGGAAACAUACAGACCGACCACAACAAAAUGGGAGGGAGGUUACUUCCGUGGCAUGGCCUGUAGAUGCUGACAUCAUUUCCUAAUAUCACCCCAUUACUCUAGAGCUGCAACAUUCCCAGAUAGCAGGAGGGCUUGAAUAGUAAAGUUGCUGAUAAUACUAGCAGAAAAUAUGAAUGUUGUCAUGCUGGUCUGCAUCACUACUGCCAAUAGGUUGCUGGAGAAUUUGAAUGUGUGUGGAGGUAGAAAUGUGAAUGAGGGAGAAAGAGAGAUAUGACCUGUGUCUGACCACCCACUUCCCUCAGUAAUCAUCUACAAACACACUAAUCAAUGACAGCUGCCCUGAUGCCAGAUCAAAAGACCACGGGGAGAACAUUAACACCACAGGCUUCCGGGCCUCAUGUUCUCUUAUCCCGCCUCUCUGAACAGCCAUCUCAGCAAAGGCAUGAAAAAUUGGGAGAGUUGACAAAGACAAGAAGGUGAAAGACAGAAUGCAAAAGGCUGUCUUCGUUACCAAAUUUAUCCAAGUUGGCCCGUGACUGUGACUCCAGAUUGGAAACAACAAAAGUAAUGUGAACUAUAGGAAUCCAGAGUCCAGGAAACCAUCAGCUUUAGGCUACAGUAUAUUGUCUUUUAAUGGUCGUUUUAAGGAAUCACCGCGAUGAAUGAUUAAUACCGAGGAAUGCUGCAGUACAUUCCAUCAUGAAAGUCAGGGCCAACGGCAACAUAUGGAACACUAUUUCAUGACCAUCUCUGCACCAUACACAGGCUACACAGCACUGUAUUACAUUUUCUCCGCUCUCUUUAGGGUUAGGAAGUUUAA